AUAUUUCACUCAGCCUCGCACGAAGUUGUCCUCCUCCACCAAACCGACCCUCCCUGGCGAGUAGUCCCCUAGACGGCACCGGCAACGACCAGUCCCCCAGAUGGCAUUGGCUAAGCGAAGAAAUUUGUUCCCCAGAUUUAAAAAAUGGCUUCUUCUUCUAACAUUAGCAACAUAAGAUUACAAUCGAGGCUGUGCUAUUGUGGAAGAACCGCUGCCAUACGUAUUGUAAAAACCAAUGAGAAUGGAAAUGAAGGGCGUUUGUUCUUUGUUUGCCCAUCAAGAUAUAGUAACACUCCCACUUCCCAUUGCAAUUACUUCAAGUUCGUGGAUGAAGAUGAUGAAGACAUUACAUCUAGAACACGUUCGAACUAUACAGCUUGUGAUGGUAUAACAGUAGAAGACUUUAACGAUGUAAGGACGAGGCUUGAUUACAUGGAAAUGGACUAUGGUCGAAGGCUUCAAAGGAUGGAAAGGAAUAUCAAAGCGAUGGUGUACUUCAUUGUAUUUUCCACCAUUUUGCACCUUAUGAUGUAACUUGUGUACUUUAUUGUAUUUUGGGAAACUGAAUGGAAAUUUGUAGCAUUUUGGGUUGUACCUUAUGAUGUAACUAUGGAAUGAAUUAUGUAUUAUCUAUUUCCCUGAAUGAUGGAAUUUUGGAAUUUCGGAAUGAAUUGUGGCCUUAACUUUGGAAUGAAUGAUGGAAUUUUGGAA